AUGGCGACCAAGAUCGCUAUCACGCAAGUUGCAAUUCCGCGAGAGACACGUCUCAAGACGACGCUUCCGGCACUCAACGAGAAACGCCCCGUGAUCGAGAAACAGAACACCGCGUUCAACUUUACAUCGCAUCGGCCCGCAGUGUUCAUGCAAGAUGAAAACUCGUUUACAUACGUGGCCGCGAUUGAAAUUGGCACUUCCUAUUCCGGGUAUGCGUACGCACCCCGGAAGGAUGGAAAGUUAAUUGCCAAGGACAUUGACAGGUCACUCGAAACGCUACGGACACCAUCUUGUUUGCUGCUGAACGAGAAAAAGGAGUUCGAGGCGUAUGGAUACGACGCCGAACGCAUGUAUAUAGAGUUGAUUAAAGAGGGAAGGGACAAGACCGGGUACUACUUUCGCAGAUUCCGACCGAAAUUAAUUGGAGUAAAGGACCUUCGCGGCGACUCCCACAUUACUGACGAGAAUGGGAAGACGAUGUCCGCAAUGAAGGUGUUCACUUUCGCUAUCCGGUACCUGAAAAGCCAGCUCCUUAACGAUCUCUGUCUGAGGGGAAUCGACGCCGAGGCGGAGGACAUCCGGUGGGUGGUGACUGUUGCCGGCUUCACGGACGAACUCACCAAGCAGUUUAUGAGGAAAGCUGCGUGUCAAGCCGGUCUCCCGGAUGCGAAGGUUAUUCUGUGCCUGGAACCGGAAGCAGCCUCCUUGUUCUGUCAGCACAUGCCAUCGAACGCUCUCUCGGAGAAGCUGCCCAUAUUCAAAUCCGGUACUAAGUACGUCCUCGCCGAUAUAGGAGGUGGCCUUACUGAUAUUGCGAUUCACGAGAAGCGCCGCGAGAGUCUGCGAGAAGUGAGCCGCGGUCUGGGAACCAAACUCGGAGCCGGGGCCGUGGACAAUAUCUUUGUACAGUUUCUGUACAAGCUUUUAGGGGACAAGAUUGCGGACGAUUUCAUGAACACAUAUAGGAAGGAGUUUCUUGGAAUGAUGCGAGAUUUCGAGCACCGGAAGAAGACUGUUACCCCUCUAGCUACCUCUUGUCUGGAACUGAAGGUUCCACCAUGUUUACAUGUGCUUUGUCAGAAGGCGCAGUAUAAUGACAACUUAUCAAACGUCGUGUUUCGUUCGGUAUAUAAAGGUCAUGUAAAAUAUACCACUAACAAGUUUGUUAUAGACGCCGUUGUCAGCAACGAAUUCUUUAGAGCGAUCACCAAGGAGAUGGCAAAGGUCAUCAAUCACUCACUCACGGCGUUGAAAACUAGCAAGGACAUUCACAUUCUCGUUCUAACUGGAGGAUUCGCAGAAUCUGCAGUUGUUCAGGAGAUAAUGCAUCAGGAACUGGUAGGAAAAUCACAAAUCAAGCAAAUUAUUGUCCCGCCGGACGCAGAUGUGGCGGUGCUGAAAGGUGCCGUCAUUUACGGAAACAAUCCAAACGGCAUUUCGUGUCGCGUUAACCGUCAUACCAUUGGGAUUCGGAUUGCACGCUUAUACAACCCGGAAAUGCACCCAGAAGAAAAGAGGCAGGUGCUUAACGGAGGCGUGGAGUAUAUCUUAGACGUUUUCUCGCCGUUUUUGACAAUCGGUACCCGUGUUCCAGUGGGAUUCGUCUCUCACCAGGCGCUUACAACAACCGAACCGUUCCAGAAAUCAAUCGAAAUCGACCUCUACGAGUCGUCGGAACUAUCACAUAAUUUCGUGACUGAGGAAGGCUGCAUCCCGAUGGGAAAGCUAGAUUUUCCGAUCCCGGAUCCCUCUGUAGAGGCGAGGACUGUAUUUGUUGACGUAAUCCUCGGAGGCACAGAGUUAAACGUUAUAGUGUUGGACAAAAAAUCAAACAUUCAAAACAAGUACCAUUAUCCGCCUCUGAAACAGAAGUGA